UGUCCUAUCAUUUGCAAAAUCACUCAAUCUUUGUUCAUCAUUCACCCCAGAAACAAAACUUCAAUAGCAAAAUCAAGAACUAAAAACAUGGCUUCAAAAACCAAAAUUUGCAUUACUCAAGUGGCUUUCAUAGCUUUUCUCAUAGCUGAUGUUGUUCUAUGCGAUGACAAUGUGCCAGUUCCUGCAGAUAGGGCUCAAGUUGACAAAUGGUUUAGUGAAAAUGUUGGGCCCUUAGCUCAGAGGAAGGCUACCCUGGACCCUGCACUAGUGGCGGCGGAGGAUUACCCUCCUAAGGUUGUGAAGGUUAAGCCAGAUGGAAGCGGCGAUUUCAAGACCAUCACGGAGGCCAUUAACAGCAUUCCUAUAGCGAACGCCAAGCGUAUGAUUGUGUACAUUGCAGGCGGAAAUUAUAAUGAGAAAGUGAAAAUUGAUAGAGGAAAGCCAUUUAUUACCUUUUAUGGAGAACCAGGGAACAUGCCAAACUUGACAUAUGGGGGCACUGCAAAACAAUAUGGCACUCUUGACAGUGCUACAUUGAUCGUUGAAUCGGAUUACUUUGUGGCCACUAACAUCAUCUUCUCGAACUCUGCACCAAGACCUGAUGGAAGGGAGGACGAACAAGCAGUAGCAUUGAGAAUUACUGGUGACAAAGCAGCAUUUUAUAACUGCAAGUUUUUUGGAUUCCAGGACACGUUGUGUGAUGAUAGGAAUAAGCAUUUCUUCAAAGAUUGCUUUUUUCAAGGCACCGUGGACUUUAUUUUUGGAAGUGCGAAAUCUCUAUAUUUGAGGUCACAGCUGAACGUGCUCGGCGAUGCCCAAAUGACAGCAAUAGCAGCACAAGGAAGGAAAAACACGGUAGAUGACGAAGGCUUCACAUUUGUCCAUUGCGACAUCACUGGAACCGGGAAUGGAACCUACUUGGCAAGAGCAUGGAUGUCUCAUUCUAGAGUGAUUUAUGCUUACUCCCAAAUGACCGAUGUUGUGAAUGAUGCCGGGUGGACCGACACCAUGGCGGUGGACUAUGGCGAGACUGUGUAUUUUGGAGAGUACAAUAACGCAGGACCUGGUGCAGAUCGUACUGGGCGACCUGAGUAUGUGAAGCAACUAAGUGAUGCUGAGGUCAAACCUUUCAUUACGCUUGCUUCGAUUGAAGGUUCCAAAUGGCUACUUCCUCCAUCAAAAGUCUAAUUGAUCGAUCACCACAUUCUUCUAUAUAUAUGGCAAUAAUAUUGGUCAUGCACCCCACAUUUUGUUAUACUGGUGGUGAAUUAGGAAAAGGCUCAGCUCAUAAAGUUGUUCGUGCUUGUAAUUUAUUUUUUGUGUUUUUUUAAAGUAAAAUAUGUAUAAUAUAUAUGAAAAGUUGAGAAAAAACUCAUCUCAAUUUAUUUUAGUGUUUAACAUAUCAACAUUGUAAUAAUAAGAGGUAGUUGUUUUUGAUAGACA